AUGGUCUCUCCUCAAUCGAACAACCGGGUGAUCGUGUACGGUUACCCGGCAUCUCCCUUCUACCAGAAGAUCACGUUCCUACUCGAUCACUAUGGAGUGGAAUGGACGUUGGUCGAUGUACCACCCGUCAUGCCACGACCACAACUCUCCCAGCUGCUCGGCAUCACGUAUCGACGUAUCCCUGUAGUGUUUGUCGACGGUCAAGCAUACAUCGACACCACUGCAGCAUCCCUCGCUCUCGAAACGGCCUUUGGACCGACGUCGAAGAGACCGCUCCUCCAGCACUUCCCCGCGCUUCAAAUGCAACUGGCUGUCAACUGGGCGGAAUCGUCCAUCUUUCGACUCGGUGCAGGACAUCUCUACAAUGCACCCUUGAACGAAGCGUUCGUCAAGGACAGGAAGAGUUUCAUGCCCGGAUCGAGUUUCGAUUCGGAAUCGAUGAAGGCGAGAGUUCCGUUUGUAAGGAGUCAGUUGACGGCGAAUUUGGAGGCGAUCGAGAGUCACUUGAAGGAAGGUGGGAAGAAGUUCUUGUUUGGCGACGAGGUUCAGUAUCUGGAUCUGAGCCUGUUUACGCCGUUGAACUGGGUGCAGACCCAGCUGAGGACAGGAAAGGAUCUGCUGCCUGCUCCGAAGAAAGGUGGAGGUGACGAUUGGAGCAAGUUCCCCUUCCCACGAACGCUGGAAUGGCUGGCUGCGGUGAGAGCGUAUCUAGCGGGAAAGAAGGUCAAGCCGGUCAAGUUGAAGCCAGAGGAGGCGGCGCUGGUGAUCUUGCAGCAGUCGUCGGAGAACGCGGAGAAGGAGGGUCAGUUGCACGUCAAGAAGGAUGACCCGCUCGUCAAGGCCGGCUGGAUCAGUGGAGAGAAGGGUCAGAAGGUGAGCGUCACCCCCGUGGACACGGGCAGGGUGCCUCAGGAGGGAAAGCUGGUGGGGCUCGACAGCAAGAGCGUCACGAUCAAGAUCGAGGCUCAGGGUGGCAAGGCGUUGUUGGCUACUUUCCCGAGGCUCAACUUUGACAUUCGGGCCAAAGAUGGUGCCAAGCUCUGA